AUGUCUCUGGUGGACAGCACCGCUGUCUUUGAGGGCAGAGCUCGAACCAUAGGGUUGACAGAUGACGUGAUUCAAGCGUUGGGCCUGCGGGGGUGGACGACACACGCCACCUUCGCAUUUGCUGUGGCGACACAGCCUGGUGCAGAUGAACAGGCCUUUGCAGACGGGGGUCCGUUGGUGGCAUUGUUGCGAAAGCGCAGCAAGGCCGCUCAAGAUGAAAGCCAUCUUCGAGCCGAAUCACCUCUCAAGCGAAUGCGCUUGGACGCUGGUUCAAAACCUGUCGAAGGACAGGCAUCAUUUCAGACGGGCGAAGACAAAGGGUCGCCCCAUGAUUUUCAGGCUGGGUUUCAAGAAGUUGACAACGCCAGCGAACCGGCGCCUCAGCCUUUGCGCAGUGACCACUUCCCAAAUGGACUUCCUUGGCUCAAAGGAGUUGCGAAGCUGAAGCAUUUGCCUGAACAAUGUCGUUUUCAAUACAUUCAUGCUUGUAUGUAUGGGAGCAGACGCCGAAAGAGCACGGCCCUACUUUUGAACUUCACAGCUCCAAAUCUGCAGUCGGAAUGCGAUGAUUCUCAUAGCCAUUUGCCUUGGGGAAUGGUUGACCAACAGGAUGGAAAAGGCUUGAAAUUUUCUACAAGCCUUGAGACUGAGUACCCACUGCAGUUAUCACGUCACCUGGCAGUGGCUUUUAUGGAAGCUUUGAACGCACAAGGCAAGUUCUUGACCAGUCACAAUGUGCAAGAGGACCAGAUCCAGCGUAUUGGAGCUGGGACACAACCACGUGGUGUCAAAUCGCCCAUCCUCAUGAGCGAGUUCAAAUGCAAGGUGGACGCAACUUCCCAUGAUGUCGAAGUUCCCCAGCACAUUGGUGACUCUGUUUCUUUUCCUUUUCAGGGCAUUCCCAUCAAUUCGAAACUGAUUGCUUCUCGAAAUGUGGUCUGGAAAGGGGUGGAUGGCGAGAAGCAGCAGGGCCAGAAGUCAACAUUUGGCGUUUUCUUCUCCCCUCUGGAGUUUUUCAAGAGGACGCUUGAGCUGGAACACCCGCUGGACACCCCACAACUGGUGGACAGAAGUAACUUGAGAGCUAUCUGUUUUAUUCGUGACCAUAGCAUUGCGGAUGUGAAACUUUUCCGCGCCAGACAACUAAAGCGCUUCACGGAGAGGGCGGCCGCUCUAGCUGGCCAAGAGAAGCAUCUGAAGGACUCCCUUGAUCCGGAUGUGCGCAAAGUUCUGGAGAGCAAGCGCCUACUACUUUUCCAGGAGAUGGCACAGGAAGCAGGCGUGGGGGAUGAGACGUUAUUUGAUGAGCUUAAGUCUGGUUUUGGUCUUACAGGGCGCAUGCCGCCGUCAAAUCAAUUUCCUGCUAAGCUGAAGCCUGCGACGAUUUCAGUCUCCCAGUUGAAGGAGUCGUCCGUAUGGGCUCGAAAGGCGAUACACGCUUCCUGCAGGCGUGUUGGUAACGAUCCUGAGAUAGCGGCAGCAGUUUAUGAGGAGACGAUGAAACAGCUGGAGGACGGGUGGGUCACAGGACCUUUCACAAUGGAGCAGCUUGACCAACGACAUGGAGGGUGCUGGGUUCCUUCCAAACGCUUUGGGGUCAGACAAGGCCCAAGCAAGAUCCGGGCUGUGGAUGAUUUUUCUGAAUUUUUGGUCAACGCUUCAGUGACGGCAACAGAGAAGCUGCAGCUAUUUGGAAUUGACGAGGUGGUAAAUACAGCACGAACUUUUCUGGGAUGUGAUGCUCUACAGGUAGAUGAUGACUUCAACGCCCUCAGGGUAACUCACAGAGGUCCUCUCAUUCUUUUGGACAACAGAGCAAAGCUGGCGCUGCGAGAUGCUUUUUCUUGUUUAGCAGAAUCAGGGCCCAGGUCAGUGCAAGCGUGGUCAGGCCGUCGACCCUUGGUCAUUUUUACGGACGGUGCUUGCGAGGAAAACGGUGAGCUGGUGACUCAUGGUGCCGUCCUUUUUGACCCGGAGUCCUCCUCCUCUUACAUGUUUGGUGACAAGGUACCUAUUGAAUGGUUGGAUCAGUGGAGGUUGAACGCCAGAUUGGAUGUGCAGUUGCAAUGCCUCAACUGGUACUCCCGUGUUCCAUCAAAGUCCAAUAUCAGCGACGAUGCGUCACGUCUUCAAUUUGCUGCCCUUGAACGACUUGGCUUCCAAAGAUGCAAUCCCAUAUACGAUCCUCACUAG